AGCCUCAAUUUCAGGUGGAUAAUAGAAGAGCGUUGAUAUUACCGGCUAUAAGGAACUCGAAGGUCUCGAAGUACUCAAACUAGAUUCAAAUGGCGCUUUAGUUUAUCGCUGCGCGACGCGAAAUCGAGUAAAUAAAUGUCUGGUUGUGCUUGAAGUUAAAUUGAUAUUCCACCAACAUGCCGAUCUUGGAUAAAAGAAAGGGAGACGAUAUUCUGGCGUUGGUGCCCGCUUCGAAAAGGACCAAGAAUGAAGUCGUCUUCAGCAGCAGAGAGAAGGCGGUUGUGCAGAGCGGCCCACCACGGACGUCCUCCUUAAUGUCGAUGAUAAUGCUGCUCGAGGGACACCAGGGAGAUAUUUUCUCUAUAGAAUUUCAUCCAGAGGGACAGUAUCUCGCUUCCACGGGAUUUGAUCGACAAAUUUUUAUCUGGAAUGUUUACGGAGAAUGCGAAAAUAUUGGCAUCAUGACCGGGCACAGUGGCGCAGUGAUGGAGUUACAUUUCAGUCCGGACGGCAAUCAUUUGUACACAGCCAGCACAGACAUGACGCUGGGUUUGUGGGAUAUAGUAGCUGGGACGCGAAUUAAGAAGCUGAAGGGUCAUACUUCGUUCGUGAAUUCUGUAUCGGGAGCAAGAAGGGGACCUACGCUGCUCUGCUCGGGCAGCGACGAUAGUACGAUACGUAUCUGGGAUCCCAGGAAACGGGGUCAAUGUUAUACAUUGAAUAAUACAUACCAGGUUACCGCAGUGACGUUCAACGAUACGGCAGAACAAGUGAUUAGCGGCGGGAUUGAUAACGACAUAAAGGUGUGGGAUCUUCGAAAGAACGCGGUACUUUACAAGUUGAAAGGACACACCGACACCAUCACUGGAUUGAGCCUCAGUCCCGAUGGAUCUUACAUACUUUCCAACGCAAUGGAUAACACACUGAAGAUAUGGGACGUAAGACCAUUCGCGCCCUAUGAGCGCUGCGUGAAGAUACUGUCUGGGCAUCAGCAUAAUUUCGAAAAGAAUCUUCUGAGAUGUGCGUGGUCACCGGACGGUAGCAAAGUAUCGGCGGGAUCGUCAGAUCGGUUUCACUACGUCUGGGAUACGACGAGUCGUAGGAUAUUGUACAAAUUACCGGGGCACAAUGGAUCUGUAAAUGACAUCGAUUUUCACCCGAAGGAGCCCAUAGUAUGCUCGGGAUCUAGCGACAAGCAAAUCUACCUGGGUGAAAUCGAGACUUAAUAGCAUAUAACUUAUACUUAAUAUAUCUGUUACGGGCAAAGUCCGCAAUGUGAUAAUAGUUGCUGACAUUGCCAUCGCUGGAUGGGCAGUGUCAAUUUUGCCCACAUUAAACCAGGCAAUGUCCGCUAAUAAACUACUUUGCCCAGUCGCGUUGUGCUAUGUUGACAUUGCCCGGGCAAUGCCGACACUGUACACCAUACGGACCUUGUCCGUAAAAUAUCUACGUAUACCUGUAAAAAAAAAGAAAGAAACACCUUUGAAUAUCAGUAA